AUGGGGGACGCGACUACGAGGCCGGCUUCCUCGUCGGGCAGCUCCACCGAGCAGCUGAAUCCUGACCAGGUGCCGCCGGCUGAGAAGCCGCUCAAGAUCACCAAGAAGAAGCCCAAGCAAGGAUCCAGGGGGGCUGUGUCGUGGAGGAAUGACACCAUCGACAACGAGAACCUCAACCGCAUGAGUUCCAAGUGUUGCUGCAUCUACGUCAAGCCGACGAAAUUCGGGGAGGAUUCCGAAGAAAAUGAAGAAGAAGGGGAUUGCGAAAACUGCCGCGGUCACUUCCCAAAAGGCCGCAAAUUUCGCAAGGAUGGCCACAAAGACAAUCCGCCUGCCGGGAAAGCAGACCCCUCUGAAGAAAAACCUCAAAGCGCGCCCCGUCCCACGGGUUCGGGUCCGUAACGGCCACCUCAACAACACCGCUUUGCUCCCCAGUCAGCUAACGGCACAUGGCACAAGGGUAUCCAGGUGCUUUGCCUCGACUCUAUUGGGAAAGGAAUUGCGACUUUAAAUUCAUUAUGAAAGAAGGCAAUGAAAUUGUGUCGCAGUGGCCACUGAAGCGGCAUCUCCUGCAGCGAGAAUCACAGAGGUCGCCACGUCCAAGAAGCAUCAGGAGCUCCCUCUGGGUGCAGCAAUUUGUGGAGACGAGCCUUUAGCUGCACUGGCACAAGACGAGCGCGCUGUGUGCACGGUGAGGUCUCGUGGAUUCGCACAGACGUUCACGAAUGGUGGCGUGACGUAGAGCGAUUCGAUGCGAUAAAAUUUUUCCGAUCUUGUUAGCUCUUCAGUCACGCAUCUGGCACCACUGCAAUGAAGCAGACUGAUUCUCUGCGCGCGCGAGAAAAUGUUUUGAU